UAAUACCCAAAACCCUGUUAGCAGGAGGUCUUGCCUGGUACCCAAAAAACACAGUCUUCUUUUGGCCAAGAAGCGGACCGAGGAAAAAGCCAAUGAAGAGCAGAAGCAGGAGACAAAGUGCAAGUAUUGCUUCAAAGCGACGUCCCAUAAACCUUGGGUUUCCAUAAACAUUCCCUUGUAUCUCUCACUCAUAAAGACUAAACAACAAUAUAAUGUAAUGAAUAUAAUGCAAUAUGCAUGAAUAAUAAGUCGAUGAAAUGAAUGAAAAAGAUUAUGAUUAGAUGGAAUAACAAAAAUGAUUAAGUAGUAAAUGAUUAAGUGAAUGAAUGGAAAAGAAAGCAAGUAAAACACGCACAGGCACACUUCAGAUCCUCCAGCGUGAAGUACCGAUGACCUCUGGAGCUUUCCUGGGGAGGGUCCGGAAAAAGUCACGGCAUGGGAAGCGUGUGUUAUAAACACAGCUCCCGCCCCGAGUCCUGACAGAAGUGUUUACAUGUCACUGGCCGCGAGAGUAACCUCUGACCAUCGUUCCUCCAGUCUCACAAGCAUCUGAAGGGCUCCCUCAGAAAUGUACAACAGCAGCUACUCCCGGGCCACUCUCGGACUGGAGACCAAACCCAUCCACAAGGCGAAGAAGGGGAAGAGCUGCGGCUACUACAUGAGGAUCGUCUUCUUCUUCUCGUCUCUGAUCCAGUCCCUCAUCAUCGCCAGUUUGGUGCUCUUCCUCGUGUACGGGCAGCCGGAGAAGACGGCCGAGGAGAAGAGGGUGGAAGAGCUGGAGCUGGCCUUCAACAAGCUCUCCUCGGACAACGCCAAGCUCAGGAAAGACAAAGCCGACCUCACCGGAGCCCUCAAGGCGAAGACCGGAGAGAAGGAGGCGGCGGAUAAAGAGAUCGCAAAGCUGAAAAGUGACCUGAACGCAACGAACAUCAAGAGCAGUAACUUGCAGAAGUCCCUUACUCUUUGUGAGACCAACAAAGCGAAGAUUUCAAGCACUCGAUACACUCCGCUCCCAUGUCCGCCAACCAACAACAAUCAGAAUGGUGAAAUAAAAACUCUUAAUACUCUUCUGGAACAGCAGAAAGUUCUAUAUGGAAUCCUUAAGAGUAACUUCAGCCAAACGGUGGAGUACCUCAAAGCUGACUUGGACAACGCAGUGAAGGAUAAAAAUGAACACCACGGCCAGGUGAUACAACUCAGACAAGAAAACAUGGACUUCAAAUCCCAGCUUGAUGUGUACACCAAGAAAUGCAAAGAAGACUUUGCAGACUCUCUCCAAGGCAUCCAGACGGUCACGAGCGCCUUCCUGACCAAAAUCGACAACUUCUUCACCAACUCGGUCACGUUUCACCUCACCUGCCCGAAACAGGAAGAACAGAUGGAAAGGAUUCGCUCCAACUGCUCCAGCCUCUCUCGACAGGUGGAGGACAAGUUCCAGAGCUACCUGGACAACGUGGGAGCAAAGGUCUCCAGCAUUCAAAAGCAGAGCAGCCGGCUGGAAGUACAGAACACGGGACUGACCUCAGAGCUGGACAAGUGCAAGACGGACCGGGAGAAGGAGGCUACGGAGAGCAGCAAAAAGCUGCAGGACACCCAACAGAAGUAUGACAAGCAGCUGGAGCAGCUUCUCAAGGAGCAAAGCAGGCUCAGGGACGCCAAAGACCUGCUAGAAGCCCGUCUUUCUGUGAAUGACGCCACCCUUAUAUCCCUGCGAAACGGCUGCACACAACAGCCCAAACCUGCUGGCGUACCCAUACCUGGUCGGGGCCAUUAACCACUGAAGGCUGGGUGUGGAGAAGGGAAUGAUCUGAAUCUCAAGGCCGGACUCUGACUUUCUGAGUGUCUUGUGUGCGGGAGUUUCCUGAUUUUGAGCCUGUGAUCUCUUUUGUGAAUAACGUUGUCGCCGUGGAUCACUGUAAAUGUACGUGCACCGUUUAGUUCAUUGUAUAGUUGUAUUUAAGCACGAUGUACUUCUGAAUCAGUUAUUCAGACCUAAAAAUGUGAGGCCGCCUUUAUACGAAGCGGUUAAAUACAUAUUAGAUACAUUUAUUAACAGCAUCAGUUGUUAAAUACUGAAAGAAUCUGAUUCUGUGAAAUCUCCAUGUGUUGUGAUGUAUAUAAUAACCUUUACACAUUAGUUGUGUUGCAGUUUUAAUGUCCUUUUUACUGUUUUUGUUUUCUGAAUAUUUUGUCCUGUUUAAUAUGUUGAUCAGUCUGUUGUAAAUAAAUUAAUUGUCA